AAUAUUCAUCUAGUAUGUAUUAAUAACCUCAAAUAAUACAAAAUAUCCAUCUAGUAUAUACAUAUUAGAAAAUUAAAAAAAAAAAUGGAACUAUUUUAACUCAUUCUUUUGAUGGGUUAAUGUUGAUAGCAAAAAUUGACACAAGAACAAAUUGUAUUAUGACUGUAAAUUCUUUACACUUAAGUUUUCAGUGUAAUAAAAAUACAAUUUCUGUCAAUUUGCACAAUUUCUCACUCAAUUCACUUAAUUUUGUUUGGGUCUUUUGCUCCUCGUGCUCAAAGCCUCAAAGUGUUCUUGCGAAUGUACUCUGACAAAGUUUUGACUAGUCUGACGUGAGCAAGAAUUCGUCUCCUUUUUCGAAUGAGGGAGAUUCCUAUUUAUAGGCGUGAAGGAUUGUUAACUUUUUCUCUUUCCGCCUGUUCUAAUUAGUCCACAUGGAUUGAUUCUCUUAUGUUCCUUUGUGCGCUUUCUUGUUUCUCGCUUUCAAAGCUCCUAUUUAAGUAUCGUUCUUUUCUUUUUUGAGUUCUGCUUUAGAUUCUUUCUUUUUUGAGCUCUACUUUCAUUUACCUUCCGUAUUCUGCCAUGUUUCCCUUUAAAUGAAACGAGGUGUUUUUUUUACAGACCUAUCACAUCACAACAUCAAUUUUUUUUUUAUCACUUUAAAAUUAUAUUUUACCGCAAGAUUAUUUUUCUCACUUACAGUUAAUAUAAUCCAUCCAUCCUUAUGGGACUAAUUUAAUUAAUUGGAUUAUACUAUCUAAUUCUUCCAAAUCCAAAAAAAAAAAAAAGAAAUACACCAAACAUAAUAUAGAAUAAAACAGUCGAAUCCAAACCUCUUAUUCAAGACUCCAAACAUGCUAGUGAUUUGCUGGUCACUGGUCACCAUUUAUUUACUACCACCUCUCCCACAAUUCUGUCCAAAUUCACAUGCCACUUGUCAUCCCACUUUCUCAAUCUUUUUUUUUUCUUUUUAACAAAAAUAUGCACAACAGAGUUUUUAUUAAUAAACUAAUUAACGAUUAUUAGGGUUACUUUUAGAUACCUUUUUGCCGCUGCUCUGAUACUCACCUAACAAUUCUCGUAUACAUAAAUAAUAAAGAAAAUAAAAAAAACAGAGAAGCUUUGCAAGAAAACCAUGGCGGCUACUGCCCAUCUCCUUCGCUAUUCUCCUCUAUCGAAUCACCAUCGCAACGGUUCCGACCACCUUCGCAUCUCCAAUACUACUCCGACUUCAGUAUCUUUCCCGAUCACUUCUUCCGAUUCUCGACCGCUUCUUCAGACUCUAUCGCACGAAAAGCUUGAGAUUUCAUUCGCUGGAGGAAAUGGCGGUAGCGGAGUUGGACAUGGCAGUUCCGGUGGUGGGGGAGAUAGUGGAAGAUGGAGUGGGGGCGAUGGUGCCCACGAAGACAAAUCGUCGUCAUUUGGUCCAAUAGGGCUUUUCCUGAACGGGUGGAGAUCGAGAGUUGCUGCCGAUCCACAAUUCCCUUUCAAGGUUUUAAUGGAGGAAGUUGUGGGCGUCAGCUCGUGCGUCCUCGGCGACAUGGCUUCCCGCCCAAAUUUUGGUCUCAACGAGCUAGAUUUCGUAUUCUCGACCCUCGUCGUCGGUUCGAUUCUUAAUUUCACUCUCAUGUAUCUCCUAGCUCCAACCCUGGGAUCUUCCUCGUCUAGUCUUCCUGCCAUUUUCGCCAAUUGCCCAAGUAGCCACAUGUUCGAACCGGGGGCUUACAGCUUGGUGAACCGGCUAGGAACCUUCGUCUACAAAGGAACCGUGUUUGCUACGGUCGGAUUUGCCGCAGGUCUCGUCGGAACUGCCAUAUCAAAUGGUCUGAUGAAAAUGAGGAAAGCUAUGGAUCCGACUUUCGAGACACCGAACAAGGCGCCGCCGACUUUACUGAACGCCAUGACCUGGGCGAUCCACAUGGGCGUCAGCAGCAAUCUAAGGUACCAAACCCUGAACGGAAUAGAGUUUGUGCUGGACAAAGGGCUUCCUCCACUGCUGUUCAAGUCAUCGGUGGUGGUCCUGAGGUGCUUGAACAAUGUCCUGGGUGGAAUGUCGUUUGUCGUUUUGGCGAGGGCAACGGGAUCUCAAAGCGUUGAGGGUGAGAAACCGGCGAGCAAAGAGAUUGGAUCUGCGGCUGAGAAGGAAAAAUUGGUGGAAGAGAGUGAGGGCUUGCAGAGCAUUAAUCAGUCGACUUUGAACAAGUAAAAAUUGGGCUUCCGUGGCUGCAGUUUUUUUUUUUUACUUUUGUAAUAACUAAUAGUUUUUUUUGUUGUUUAUAAAGCACUGUGAACUUGUUUGGAGGCUUGACAUGUUUGUUGAAUCUGAGAAUUAAGCUUUGAUAAUAAUAACAUAUGGACCCCGUGUUCAUGUUUUUCUGUAAGAUUUAUAAAGCAGCAAUUUACAGUGGUAACAACAAA